AUGAGUCAACAAAAUAAAUUUCUUUCAAACAAUAAUCAAUUAGGUCAAGAUAUAGGUUCAGAUAAUGACCAUAUUGAUUCUACUUUGAAUAAUCAACGUAAUUUAAAUGAUCGUUUUGAACAAUUAACUGUAGAUGACCUUACUUCUUCUGCUGCUCAACCUCAGCGUGAGCCUGUCAAUGUAUAUCCCAGUGACUUUGGUGGUUAUAUGCUUCAUCCAGAAUAUACCAUGAAUCAAAGCUCAGAAUUGAAAAGAGGACCAGAAGACAUGAUUUCUCGUCAUCAUCAUGAACAUGAUAAUAACAUGAAGAAGGAUGAACUUGGUAAAUUAGCAACCGCUCCUCCACAGAACAUGUUUUCUAAAAAGGAAGAACAUGGCUAUGCUUUACCUGCUCAGAAUCGUGAUUCAAGACAUGAGAAAGAUAUCACUUUCUUUGGUGAUUCUCUUACUACUGAAAGUCAUCCUCAAUCUCGUUCUUCUCUUGAUCAAGAUAGUCUUUUCCGUGGAUCGAUUACAACCUUACCUUCUGCUGGUAAAAGACGUAGUAGCUCUGCCAAUAAACAGAAUUCUCACAUCAUGAAGGAUACUAGCCCAAUUGCUUCCUCUGGCGGUUUGAGUUCUCAUCCUGUAAAGACAACAACAACAACUAUCAUUUCCUCUACAGUUCCUGCUGAUAUCAAGACCGAACGAGAUAGUAAGGCUAAUACAAGGGAACAUGAAGAGGAUCAGCAACAACAACAACAACACAACAAUAAAAACAGUUUAGCUAAUAUGGCUUCUGCUGCUGCUUCAGGUGUUGUUGCUGCUGCCUCUGGUGCUGCUGCUACCCUUUUAGGAACAAAUACAGAUAGCCAGGAAAAGGACUUUAAUCAACAUGAGUCUAUGCCAAGUACUUGGCCUCAAAAAGGUCUUCCUCCUUCUUCUUCUUCUGAAAACCAAAAGAAGGCCAAGUCAUCUCCUGCUGCCCUCAAGGAUGCUACAAAUAGUGACUAUGAACCUGCUAUCCAUGGUCAAAGCCCUUGCUUUCAUACACAUGAUAAUAUCUCAAAGGAGCAUGUGGAAGAUAAAACGCACCCCUUCUGUCGUAAUGUUCAGGAGCCCUCCAUUCAUGGUGAACGACCCAGUUAUCAAGACAAUAACCAACAGGGUAUUCAUCCUCGUGUCGCCGCUGCUACUGAUAAUAACCCGAUGAGAUCAGAUCGUACUCAUGACAAUCCUAUCGAUAACACCCACAAGUCCUCUUCUAACAUAACAAAGGAGUCGGAUAAUAAACACGCUCCUUUCGCUGUUCAUGACUCUAAAGGAAUUGAUUCUAAGGCUAUCACAGCAAAUGAUACUUCUUCUCCCGCAGGUCAUGCUUCUCUCGGAUCACAUCCUACUACAGGAAUCCUUGCAACUGAAUUAAAUACUCCUAAAAAGCGAACUGAUUUAGGUUCUACCACCAUUGAAGAAGGUCAAAUCCCCAAGACAGAAUCAAAUUAUGGCCUUGACAAAAACAAGCAACAGGAAAAAGAUGUCUCUAGUAGUAGUAGAAGUAGUCAAGGACCUUUAACAGCUCGUCAUGUGGGUACUACUGAUGAUAGAAGCCGCCAUGAGAUGAGAGGAAGAUCGGUGGAUGAUUCUAAGGCUGAUGAUGAUGAUACUAUUACAAAAUCAACCUCCCAACAGAAUGAAGGAAAUGGGAAGGGCUUGAUGAGUUCAGAGGGUCUAGCUGCUGCAGGCAGUGGUAUCGCUGCUGCUAUCGGUGGUCUCUUCGGAUUAGGCAAACACAAGAAUAAAGAAGACGAUGACUACCACCAUCAUGACAACCAAGAUAAGUGGGAUCAUAGUCAACAACAACAACAACAUCAAGCCAAUACUACUACAGAAAACACAAAUAAUUUGAAUAUGGAAAACUUGCCUCUGAAUCAUACUGUUGAUCAAGCGCCUCCUAUGGAUAAAGAAUAUCUGGCUGAUAAUAAUGGUAUCAAAGAUCAACAUGCCGCAACCGGUGGUAAAGAUCAUAGUGGCGGCACUGGAAAAUUACAUUUGGAUAAUUUACCUCUCAACUAUACUGUUGAUCAAAAGGGAGAGAAGCCUAUCGACAACAAUACUUUCCCACAACAGAAACGUAGUGUACCCCCAGUUCACGCUAGUCAGUUCCCUUGUACUGCCAUAGGUCAAACACCUUUAACCAAGGCAGCUUUCAACAAUAAUGAACAUCCAAAGCAAUCUAUCUCUCCUGUUGGUACUGGCUAUAGUCUCCCAGAGCAAGGUCACGGUCAUGGUCAUGCAACACACCGUAACAACAAUCAAAGUUUGUCUCAUGCUGAUGCCUUACCUCUUGGAGAUAAGAAUACAUUAACUCACAAAUCAUUUAAUGAUAGUCAACACCCCUCCCAUGACACCGCUCCCUAUGGUACAGGAUUCUCUACUGUUGUAGGAAAUCGUCAAGAUACAACAACAGGUAGUCAAUAUCAGAAGAGGCAAUACGAUCCAACUCAUGCAGAUGCUAUCCCAUUAAGUCAUGACAACACGAUGGAACAUCGCUCCUUUCAUGAUAAUCAACAUCCCCAACAAAGGGUAACUCCAUUUGCUACAGGUGUAGGUGUUGCUGAACGUCAUGAUAAUGACAACAACAACAACAACAACAACUCUGCUGCUGCUGCUGGACACUACAAAGAAGAGUCAAGACAAUCUCAUCAUGCUGAACCUUUGCCAUUGAUGGAUGUUGUUGAUGAACAACAAGUACAACAACCAUUAAGCAAUCAAUCUGCUGAAAAUACUUAUAUAGGAGAUAGUGAACACCCUCAACAUAUCGUGAGUGCUCCUCCUGCUACAGGGUAUGCUAUUGUUGGUCAACAACAACAACAACAACAACAACAAGAAAAGAAGGAUUAUGGUCAUUAUUAUCCUAAGGAGAAACAAACUUCUGAUAAUGGUAAUAACAAUACAGAAAAGGGUUCUUCAGAUCAUCAUAGCGGCGGUAUCACUCAAACUCUCAUGGAUAAAACUACCUCUGCCCUUCGUCAGAUGGGUCUUGCAUCUGAUAAAGAUCAACAUCAUCAUCAAGAUAACUCUAAUACAAUUGAAUCCUUGCAUGAUCAGCCACGCUCUGCUUAUGAUGUAAACAAUCAUCAAAAGUACGCCCAUAUCUCUAACAUAGAGAAUAUGAAAUUAGCUGGUACAAAAGGUGAUAGUACUACAAAUGACACUAGCAAUAAUUUUAUCAAAAAAUCCAAUUAA